CGCAUUAACUUAAUUAACCCAGUCAUCCAUGGUAGGAGUGUGUUUCCCCCUGCCCUCCUGAUCUCUCACUGUCUUACUGCUGAGACACACACUCAGUUCUCCAGCCAUCAUCUGCCACACAACACACAGGGUGUCUUUGGCCUUUAUACAUCAACAGGAGAGGUCAAGCCAGUGAACAAAUAUUUUUGAACAGGAGAAGAUAAACUCAGGUGGCAAAUAUUUGCAAGUGAGUAUAGUCAGAACUGACACAUUACUAAGACACUGAGAGCAUCUACCAUGGGAAAUUCAACCAGUAGCGCAAUUUCAAAGGAGAUCCUGCAGGACCUGAAGCUCAACACCAAAUUCACUGAAAAUGAGAUCUCUCAGUGGUAUGAGAACUUUCAGACGCAGUGCCCAACGGGACGCAUAACACCUGAAGAGUUUGAGCAGAUCUACACCCGCUUCUUCCCUGACAGUGAUUCCAAGAGCUAUGCACGACAUGUGUUUCGCUCCUUUGACACCAACGAUGAUGGCACUUUGGACUUCAAGGAGUACAUCAUCGCACUGCACAUGACCUCCACUGGGAAGACGACCCGGAAACUGGAGUGGGCCUUCUCGCUGUUUGAUGUGGACAAGAACGGAUACAUCAACAAGACAGAAGUGACGGAGAUCUGCCAGGCCAUAUUUAAGCUGAUCCCCAAGGAGGACCAGAGCAAGUUACCAGAGGAUGAGAACACACCCGAGAAGAGAGCCAACAAGCUGUGGUCUUACUUCGAAAAGAAAGACAACGAGCGACUGGCUGAAGGAGAGUUCAUCAAAGGAGUGAUUGAAAAUGAGAAUGCAAUGCGUCUUAUCCACUAUGAACCAAUUAAACAAUAAAGUCAUUCCUAUUUUAUCCCCUCUCAUUAGACUCUCUUAAACUUUUACUUUUUCUCAGCCUCACAUGCUUCCUCCUCCCUCCUCUUUCAUCCACUCAAUACCUCCGUGUAAAUACUCUUCUCUGCAGUGUCUUGGUUGCAAUUAACCUUUCAGUAAGUUUUCAUUUGUCAUAUUGGUUUACUAUCAUGUUUGUCUAUUAAUUUAUGUGAAAUAGAAGCUAAAAGAGGUAAAUUAUGGCAUAGUGUUUAAAAUGUGUACAGCUAAAAAUAAGAUUUAUGGUGACUAUUAUUGAUGCGAUACAUAUAUACAUUCAGAAUGUGUAUUAUAAAUGUGUCCUACUGUUUAAAUGGUUCAAAAAUGUUUUGACUCUGGAGAAAUUAAUGGUAAUGGCAAAUCUAAGUAUCAUACCCAAUUGUUAGCUCACUUAAGUUUUUUGUUUUUUUUACAUAACUGGAAAUGUCUUAAUAGACAUGGUAGCUCUGAAGUGUUGUACUCUAUUCACUGUACAAUCAAUUAAAUAUUUUCUCAUAAA